UUGUUUAAACAUUAUAAAACUUUAGUUUAAUGUAUUGUUUUUGUUUUAAGUGCAUUUUUUGUUUUGUGAUGAUGAAGGAAUAUUUUGUUUCUGUCUUGUUAUGUUUUGUUCAAAUAUAUUGGUCUGAAGUCUUUUUUUUUUAGAGUCUUUUUUGUCAUAUCUAACAGUUGUAUUUUUUUAAAGUUGUUUCUAUUUAAUAUUUUUAAUGUUUUUUUAGGUUUGUUUCAAAAUUUAUUUAUUUUUUUAAUCUCUAAACUGAAUAAGUCUGAUUCUUGGAGCUUGAAAGUAUUUCUUUUAGACGAGGUUGAUCUGCAUUCCAAGAAUUUUGUGUUUGAAACUUGAAACUGAUGAAAUGAAUAGAAAUGGAAGCUGAUCAUCCAGAACUUACUAUGUCACUGGGACAUUAGUAUUAAGGUUUGGUCAACUAGUAAGAAUGAAAACUAUUCAUCAUCAAAGACUUAAGCAACAGGUAAAUAUGAGUUAAAAGUAAAAAUUGACAGGCAGAAUAUCUUACCAUUUGAUAUUCUAAACAAUAUUAGACAAUAUGCUCUGAACUCUUUAACAAAAGUAAAUAAUAUAUUAUUCUAGAUAUUAUUUGAUAAAAAAACAAACUUAUUUAUUAGUUAGAAUGUAAAAUUACCAAAUAAUAAAUUCUUUAUGCUAAAAAAAAAGCCAAAGAAAAUAAUUAUUAAAAUGUUUAAUCAGAAUAUAUUUAUAUUAUUUAAUUCUGUGGUUUUAAUUUUGUUUUUUUUAAUUUUAUACUAUGAAAUAUUCAAUUGAAAAAUCUAGUAAUAUUUUUUUAUCAAAGGCUUGACCUUUUUUUUAUUUUUAUACUAACACUAAUGUUAGGUCAUCUAGAGUUAAAUUUACAUCUUUCAUUCAGAAUUAUUAUUCAAAGCAUAAAGUUAGAAAAGUAGUUUGAAUACCAACAAAUGUUUUCUUUAAUUUUUAUUAGCAGUAAAAAUAAUAAUAAAUAAAAGUAUCUAGAUAUGUUUGUUAGAAGUGACCAUCCUCCACUGACUAAUAGAUCUGUUUUUAUACAACAAAAAAUAGAUGGUCACAGCCAUAUGUCAAUAUAUUGAUAAAAAUAUGAUUUCUAAAUCGUAUCAACAUUAGUGUUAGUUUUUGCUCUAUUUAGUCCUAGUCAAUGUUUGUAAUGUGAAGCUGCUUAUUAAUUGGAUUUUUAGUGCAACUUUAUGAGCUGUUUUGUAUCUUUGUAACCUUUUUACAAUUCUUUCCUUUAUGUGCGUAUAUAUAUAUAUAUAUAUCAUCAUAUUUCUUUGUGUUCCUCAUGGAACAUAGGUCCUCAGUGGUAUCUAUUCUAAGAGUGUGACCGAUCCAUCUCCACUUUCUCUCUAAGAUCUGUACCUCUGUCCACCCAACAGUUUGGUAUUUUGUCAUAGCUUUUACUUUAGAUUUAGACUUAACUUAGGCAUUGUAAACCUUAAACUAGAUUUAGACUAGACUCUUUUAAAAAUUAAAAUCAACAACAGUCAUCAUGAAAUUGCUCUGGCUAUUUAUCCUAAUAAUCACUAAAUACACACUAGCUGAACACAGAAUUAGAUCUACCUUAGUCAACACUAAACUUAAAAAGGAAACAACAGUCAUAAUCAAUCACCACACUUUAGAACAAUGCAACUUCAAAAAUAACCUAACAUACACAUCCAUAACAUUAAAGAAGAUUACCCAUCACAAAUGGAAGUUCUCAAUCAGACACAGCAGAAAUAAAUACCUAUCACUGUUAAUAUUAAUAGCAGGAGGUGUAGAGUCAAAUCCAGGGCCUAGAUCUAAAGAUAGAUGCAACAUCUGCAAAAAAAUAUGCACCAUGAAACAGAAAGCCAUUCAAUGUGACACCUGCGAUGAAUGGUACCAUGCAUCAUGUCUCCAUAUGAAUACACCUGUGUAUUAUGCCUUAGGCAACAAAGACGCAUCAUGGCAAUGUAUACCGUGUGGGUUACCUCAGUUUACAUCAGGACUGUUUGAUUCCUUUGAUGCAGACACUUCUAAACACCAUCCCAAACCAAACUCUCCAACCACUAGCCAGAUCCACUCCUGUUAAACCUAAAUCUACUAAAAUUAAUACAACAGCAUCACUAAACAAACCUACUAAAGAAGUAAUACCAAAAUACCUUAAAACCUUAGUAAUAAAUUUGCAAAGCAUUAGGAACAAAACAGCAGACUUAGAAAUUCUAUUAGAAUGUGAGAAACCAGACAUAAUUGCAGGAACAGAAAUUUGGCUACAUCCUGAAAUUUAUAAUACAGAAAUUUUCAAUAGUAAUUAUGAAAUUUUUAGAAAAGAUAGGGCUGAUAACCAUGGAGGAGUUCUUUUAGCAAUAAAAAACACUCUUAUAGCAGAAGAAAUUACCUUACCUAACUCAAAAAAUAUAGAAUCAACAUUUUGUAAAAUUAAUACCACCUCAACAUCCCUAAUAAUAGGCAGCAUUUACAGACCACCAAAUUCUAGUUUAGAAUACAUGCAGGAACUAUGUAAUCAGAUUACUACACUUAAAGAGACAAAUAAAAAUGCAGUUUUUUGGAUUAUGGGUGAUUUCAACCUACCUGAUAUAAAUUGGAAAACACUAACCAUAGAUAAACACCAAAACCUUAAGGACAUAAAUGAGCUUUUCAUAGAAACUUUACACAAUCUAAGUUUAGAUCAAAUUAUUAAAAAGCCAACUAGAUUAAACAACACAUUAAAUCUCUUCUUAACCAACAGACCUGGAUUAGUAGUUGAUUAUGAAAUUAUCCCUGGUCUAUCAGACCAUGAGAUCAUAAAAAUACACAGUCAGAUAAAAGCAGUAGCCAAUACAAAACCCAAAAGAAAAAUCUUACUCUGGAAUAAAUGUAACCUAACACAACUACACCAAGCUGCAUUAAACUUUCAACAAACAUUCUUAUUAGAAAAAGACAUUAACCAACCAGUCGAUACCUCUGGAAUUUCAUUAAAAACCAUCUUAAAAGCAUUAUAGAAAAUCAUAUACCAACUAAAUACACAUCAAACAAAAUAAAUAAAUGCUGGUUUAAUAAUAGACUAAAGAAGCUUUGUAAACAGAAGGAAAACCUAUUUAGAAAAUUUAAAGAAACUAAUGCAGAAAGAGUUUACAAAAAGUAUAUAAAAAUUAAACACUUAACCCAAAAAGUAAGCAGACAGCUGCAGAGUGAAUACAUAAACAAUGUAAUAUCUAAAGAUAACAACAAAAACCUAUGGUCAUACAUUGGGUCUAAGAAAAUGGAAACAACAGGCAUAGCGCCAUUAAAAGAUGAACAUAACAUAAUACAUAAUGAUAAUGAAACUAAAGCAAACAUCCUAAACAAAUACUUUGCAUCAGCAUUCUCAGCCCCAGGAGACAAAGACAUAUUACUUAAUUUGAACCAAGUAGACAACAUAGAAGAUAUAGUAGUACAAGAAAAUGGAAUUAAAAAACUAUUAGUCAACACCAAACCAAAUAAAGCGUCUGGACCUGAUGGUAUUCCAGCUAGAUUACUCAAAGAACUAAGCAAUGAGCUAGCCCCAGUGUUCAAAAUACUCUUUCAGGCUUCACUUAACCAGAGCAGAGUACCAAAGGACUGGAAAGAAGCUAAUGUCCCCCCCCCCCCCCCCAUUUAAAAAAGGAGAAAAAUCUGACCCAGGAAACCAGUAUCACUUACCAGCAUCACAUGUAAAAUCCUAGAACACAUAAUAUGUAGCCACAUCAUAAACCACUUAGACAAACAUAAUGUCCUCACACCAUACCAACAUGGCUUUAGGAAAUAUAGAUCAUGUGAAACACAACUAAUAGGACUAAUUGAUGAUUUUUCAAAAGGUUUAGAUAAUAGUGAACCAAUAGAUGCUAUCUUACUAGAUUUUUCUAAGGCUUUUGACAAAGUUCACCACCAUAGUUGGCUUAAAAAAUUAAAAUAUUUCGGCAUUAAUGGUCCACUGCAUCAGUGGAUUAAAGAUUUUCUGAUAGGGAGAGAACAAACUGUAAUAAUAAAUGGCUCUAAAUCAACACCGAUAACAGUAAACUCAGGUGUACCUCAAGGAACAGUCUUGGGUCCACUACUAUUUUUAAUUUACAUAAAUGAUUUACCAAAUUGCAUUACUUCAGUAACAAAAGUCAGAUUAUUUGCAGACGAUUGCAUAAUAUAUAGAAGAAUAAAAACAACACAAGACAAAGAUAUUUUACAAAGAGAAUUAGAUGAAUUACAGAAAUGGGAAUCAAAUUGGAGCAUGUCUUUCCACCCAGAAAAAUGUCGGUUGUUAAGAGUAACAAAAAAACUAAAACAAAUUAAUUCCACUUAUCUUAUUCAUGGCAAACCAGUAACACAGACUAAAAACGCAAAAUACCUAGGUGUUAUAAUAAAUGAAAAACUGUCAUGGAAUCCACAUAUUGAUGAAACUACAAAAAAAUCAAACAAAGCAUUAGGAUUUAUUAAAAGAAAUUUCUAUAAAUCAAAUUAGAACAUAAAACUAAAAUGUUAUUUAACCUUGGUUAGGCCAAUAAUAGAAUAUGCAUCCUCCGUUUGGGACCCCUCAACUCAAGAAAACAUUAAGAAACUGGAACAGACACAAAAUAGAGCAGUGAGAUUCAUAACAAACGAAUAUUCACAUUUGACUAGAGUAACACCUUUAGUAAAAUCACUAAAUUUAGAAAGCCUUCAGGACAGAAGGUUCAAAAGUAAAGUAGCAAUCAUACAUAAAACACUGAACCAUAAUCUUCAAAUACAAAAACAGAAUUUAAUAAAAUACUCUGAAAGACACAAAGAUAAAGGCACAUUCCUCGUCCCAUAUGCUAGGACAAAUUUGUACAAACACUCCUUCUUCCCUAGUGCUAUUAGAGCAUGGAAUGGGUUGCCUGAGCUAGCCAGGAAAACCAGUGACUUGGCUGAAUUUAAGUCAUUGGUUAAUAUGCAUGACUAAAUGCAUGACGCGUAGGACGUAAUCAUCUUCUUUUUUGAAGUAACGUCUGUAUUAUAUAAGAUAAGAUAAGAUACCUGUGUAUUUUCAGAAUAUUUUCAGACAUCUGUUGAUGAAGGUCUGUACUUUUGUUGUUGUAGCUUCUGUUGUUCGCCAUGUUUUCGAACCAUACAGUAGGACAGCCUUGACAUUAGAGUUAAAGAUUCUUAUUUUAGUCUUGUUAGAGAUGUGGGAAGAUUUCCAAAUUAGUUUCAGGUGUGUCAAUGUCUGAUGCACUAAUUUUAUCAGACGUUUAAUGUCUUCAUCUGUUCCACCUGAUACACUGACUACAUUCCCAAGGUAUAUAAAAUUAUCUACUUGGUCUAUGGUCUGAGAAUCCAGUUCUAUGUCUCCAAUUUGUUUGUUGUUUACUUUUGUUUUCUGGUGGUUUAUUUUGAGGCCUACUCUUUUUCCUACUUCACUUAAAGCUGUGACCUUUUCCUGCAUAUCCUGUAAAUCUUUAAGAUAAUAAGGUUAAGUCAUCUGUGAAUUCCAGAUCCUUUUGUGUAAAAGUAUAUUCACUUCCCUGAAUUAGAGUAAGCUUCUCCAAAAAAAAAAUAUAUAUAUAUAUGUAUAAAUAUUUAUAUACAUAUUUUUUUAUUUAUUUAUAUAAUGUUAUACAUUUUUUUUCAUUUAUUGUAAUUGAUAGAUUUACACACAAAUAAGAUGUGGAAUCAACAAUUGUAAUUGCAUUUAUUGGUUGGAACAAGCUUUGAGGUAAUGCUCUCCAAUAUGUUUGCAUGGGCCAGUUAUAACCAGUUACUGUGCUGGAUUUACUUUUUUGUUUUUGCCCUACUGGUCAGAUGUUAAAGUUACACCUGUGUUAUUUUCUGUACUGUGACUGCUUUUCAGUUGUAAAAAUAUUUUUUUUUUAUCUUUCAUAUACUUAUAACAUUAUUAAUAUUUUGGGACGUCUUAUAGUUCAUUACUAAGUAGCCAUUGUCUUAUGCCAUGGAGCCUCAAGUUCCUGGCAGUGUAUUGGGUACAAAGUAGCAUUACCUCCCCCUUCCUAUGUGAAGAAGUAAAUGUAUUUUUUUUAGUUGGAUAUAAAUAUAUUUUUUUUCUUUGGAUAAUCUCCGACCUAAGCUGAGUUGAAUUUAGGUAUUUCUAUUAAACUAAAUGUAGGUUUAAGUAUUAUAUAUAUCUAAUGUGGAACAUUAUUAUUUAUUUGCAUGUGUAGCCCAAGUUUAUUCAUGUUUUAGAUUUCCUGUAUCAUGUAUCAAUUAGCACUGCAUAAGUAUUUGGUGGAAUAUCAGAGAAUGCAGAUGUAAUGCUAAUGUUAGGCCUAUAUUAUUAGAUGUUAUGUUAUAUUCUUACAUUAGUGAUUUGCAAUUAUGAUUCCUAUCAUUUCUAGGCUACUUUUGUCUAGAUUCGUUAUUUCUUUGUCUCGUACGCUAAUUAGUAGGGGUUGGUUUAUUGUUCAUGCAUGUGAGUAGUGUUUUUUAAUUUUUAUUCUUUUGUUGUUUUUUUUACCGAACAAAUAAAAUAUUAUUUGUGGUGUAGUAUAAAAUACAUUUUUGUUUUACUUUUUUUAUAAUUAGUUUGUUUAGCUUAGUUGUGUUGUCUUUUGGUUCAGGUGACUCUAGCCCCUACAGUCUCAGACUGAGAUGCAGAGAUUAGAUCCACUUAAGUAGCUUAAUAGUAUCCCUGGCCUUGGCCAGCUAGAAUAUAAAUGUAUAUAUCAAU